AUGGACCCUGCCAAAAAGUCAUCAGACGACACCAGGGGCUCAAUGGCCAAGGAGGGCCAGAUCGAGCAGGUCGAGAAUUUCGAUCUCAAAACCUCCUUUGCUACCGUCCACCUUGCCGACAGCAUUGAGGAGACAAACACUGGAAAGUUCGUUUGGCUGAUAGGCCUUACGGCUUCCAUUGGCGGCAUGCUAUUCGGCUACGAUACAGGAAUUAUUUCAGGUGCACUCGUCUAUAUCCAUGACGAUCUCGGUCAUAACCUUUCUUCAAACGAAAAGGAGCUCAUCACUGCUCUCUGUUCCGGUGGUGGCUUUUUUGGGGCUAUUUUUGCAGGUCUUUCGGCAGAUAACUACGGACGGAAGACGGCACUGUAUGGCGCCUGCUUCCUCUUCACGGUCGGUGCUAUCAUUCAAGGUGCUGCGUACUCGAUUCCGCAAAUGGCCGUGGGAAGAGUCAUUGUUGGCUUCGGUGUCGGAUCAGCAGCCAUGAUUGUGCCGCUCUACCUUGCAGAGAUUGCCCCUGCCAAGUUCCGUGGCCGAAUGAUCGGGUUCAACAACACAAGCAUUACUGGGGGACAAGUCAUCUCUUAUGCCAUCGGUGCCGCCUUUGCCUACGUUCCACAUGGCUGGAGGUACAUGGUUGGCAUCGGCGGCCUUCCAAGUGUGAUUCUUGCUUGCCUUCUUCCUUUUUGCCCUGAAUCGCCUCGACAGCUUGCUGCCCACGGCAAAUUCGACGAAGCCCGGGCGGUUAUUGCUCGAAUUUACAAAAACGCUACCGAAGAGAUGGUAGAUGCUAAACUGGAAACGAUUAAAGCAGCUGUAGACCAGGACAACGAAAUCUCCAAAGGGAAGCGAUGGAAGGCAAUCAAAAAGAUGCACACUCACGGGCCUAGUUUUCGAGCUCUUGUUUGCGCAUGUGGCCUCAUGGUUCUCAGUCAGAUGAGCGGUUUUAAUACGCUGAUGUAUUAUUCCGGUACACUGUUCAACCUCGUCGGGUUUUCAAAUCCAGUGGCUGUUGGUCUUGUUGUCUCUGGAACUAACUUGGUCAUGACAUGGAUCAAUGCCUUCCUUGUCGACCCAUUUGGCCGUCGCCGACUUCUUAUUUACACCGUCUGGGGCAUGUCAGCUGGGCUCGUCGCCGUUGCGGUGGCUUUCUCAUAUAUUCCUGUGGAUCUUGAAUCUUUGGAGCUGAAGGAGACAGGCGGAGGACCAUCCACUCCCGCCAUCGUAAUGCUGGUGUUUAUUCUCUGGUUCUGCGUCUUCUACGGAUUGUCAGUUGGAAACAUUGCCUGGAUGAGCGUCGACUUCUUCCAAAUGGACAUUCGCGCAAUGGGGUCGAUGUGGAUGACCUGCUGCAAUUGGGGACCCAACGUUAUUGUUUCAUCCACCUUUCUGACGAUGAUGAAGCGCCUGACUCCGUCGGGAGCAUUUGGAUUCUACGCCUGCAUUGUCUUCAUUGGAUGGUUGCUGAUCAUCUUCUUUUACCCCGAUGUAUCUGGAAUGACUUUGGAGGAGGUCAGUCAUGUGUUUGAACAUGGUUUCGGAGUGAAGCAUUCCAGGGAGCUUCAGAAGGCACGGAAACAGGCCAAAGCCGGCAUUCGUGAUUAG